AUGCUGGUCGAGAAGAGCAUCGACAGCCUGUGUGAGCAGCCUCACAACGUCUCGCUUUCCGCAGCGCUCAACGCGGGAGUGGAAGCUUACACCUGCUGGGCGCCGCCCGACGCUGCAGAGACGUCGGAACGAGGCCGCCCAGUGUUUAACGAGCGCUCCUGGAGAUGUGGUGACUGCGCACACGCACCCAUCGAUGGCGCCUCCGGCAGCGCCUCUGGCUCCGAGAGCGUGGUCGGCGGUGCCUUGCCGCCGUGCAAGUACAUGCUCAAUAGCGGCGUCAUGUCGCUGCGGCCGCUACCGACGGCAACCGCUUUCCAGAGGUUGGUACUCGAGCGCAUCGCUCGCGGCGAGGUCGCGUCGCGCGAGGGCAGCGACCAGGGCGCGAUCAACUCGCUCAACUACGCGUUUCGGCUCUUUGGAUCAUCCGGAGUGCGCAUCCUCCCCUCCACCUUCAACAGCCUUGCUCGGGUGUACGCCAUCCGGGGCAGGUCGCGCUGGGGCGAGCCGCGGGUGAUCCACUUCUCGGGUGAAACCAAGCCGUGGCGCAAGGUGGGUGUCAGUGGUGGGCCUCGAGAGCAGCAGGCUCGCAGCCUUCGGCGGCGCAUCCAGCCGCUGCUGGACCGCUGGGAGGACACCUGUGGCCGCUUCCGCAACCUUCCAGCAUAA